AUGCCACCAGCAUGCCUUGCUCUACAGCGGAAUGCCAGCAGCCUGUCGCCGAAACCCGAUUCUGACUACGUAGCGUUCCCGGGGGCCAUCAAAAGCGUGUUCACGAACAAGCUGAAUUUUGAAGUUCCCUGCGAAUACUCGGCCAUGCCAACUUAUCGUGUCAUCGACCAACACGGCGUUGCUGUUAAUCCUGCAUUCAAUCCUGAUCUUAGCGACGAGGGAGUUAUCAAGCUGUAUAAAGAUAUGCUAACUAUCUCCAUAAUGGAUAUCAUCAUGUUUGAUGCGCAACGACAAGGCCGCAUCAGCUUUUAUAUGGUUUCUUCCGGUGAGGAAGCUGCCUGUGUGGGUACAGCAUCAGCCCUGACCGCCGAUGAUGUGAUCUUCUGCCAGUACCGCGAACAGGGGGUAUUUCAACAACGGGGCUUUACAUUGAGGGAGUUCAUGAGCCAGUUGUUUGCAAACAAAUACGAUAUGGGGGGGGGCAGAAAUAUGCCAGUCCACUACGGCAGCAGGAGACUUAAUAUUCACACCAUAUCCUCCCCCCUUGGAACUCAAAUUCCCCAUGCAGCUGGUGCUGCUUACGCAAUAAAAAUCCAGCGCAUGCAAAACCCCGCCGCACCUCCUAAAAUUGCAGCUGUCUAUUUUGGCGAAGGUGCUGCAAGCGAAGGCGACUUUCAUGCGGCACUAAAUAUAGCCGCCACCCGCUCGUGUCCGGUUGUGUUCAUAUGCCGCAACAACGGGUAUUCAAUCUCUACUCCGGCCCUUGAGCAGUAUCGUGGGGAUGGCAUCGCUAGCCGUGGUUUGGGGUACGGUAUGGAUACCGUCAGAGUUGACGGUAAUGACCUGUGGGCUGUCCGAACCGCAAUGAAAAGGGCCAGAGAAUUAGCCCUCCAGGAUGGUGGGAAGCCUGUCUUGCUGGAAUGUCUUACGUAUCGCAUUGGUCAUCACAGUACAUCAGAUGAUUCAUUCGCAUACCGAGCAAAAGUGGAGGUGGAGGAUUGGAAACGACGAGAUAACCCGGUAUCGCGUUUGCGCAAAUGGCUGGAGGCAAGGGGGUGUUGGAACGACGCCAGAGAAAAGGAGACCCGUGCAGACAUACGAAAACUUAUUCUCAAGGCCUUCGGCGAUGCCGAGAAGGAACAAAAGCCCCCUAUCCGAAAUCUGUUCGAAGGUGUGUACGAGAAACUAACGCCAGACCUUCGAGCACAAAUGAAACAGCUGAGGGAACAUCUGGACAAAUAUCCAGAGGAGUACGAUGUUAGUGAAUUUGACGGUGGGAAGGAUAGCUUGUCUUAA